UCCGUUUGAAACAGACGUGAAACAUGCCUCGUUGCUGUAAGGUGUGCGUUGUUGUUUCGUCUCGUGGUGAUAAUUUCGUACCUUUGACUGAUAAGACAUCCUAUUGAUAUUGAACGUAGACUGUUAAUCUAACGCUAGUGGUAGAGCUGAAGAGGAUUACAUUGUUGUGAAACUUUGUGUUUGCGACGUCUAGUAGGGGGCAAGCCUUCUUUCCCAUGGGGCUCAGUAUAACUGAAGGGUGGGAAAAAAGGUCCCAAUUUAGGCAAUGAUGGUUGCUUUCAGAACUCCAUGUGUGGAUUGAGUGUUGAUCCUUUCACGCAUUUUAGACUGGUUUUCAUCGGUAAAGAGCGGUGGACUAAAAUGUUUUGAGAAGGGGAUGCUGAAGCACGUGUCUUCUUCCAACUUGUCCCCGUACAAGGUACAGAAAUGCCUCUCCAGAGACACGGUCAGCUUGUCCAGCAGCUUGAGCUUCGGAAGCUCUGGAAUGCAAGAGCCGUUGUCCAGUCGAUCUUCCAGUACAAGCAGCUUGCAUGAUGUGGCGCCUCGACCAUCAAAGUGUACAAUCAAAGUUUAUACGAAGGUGCUAUGCGCGGAUAUGGAGUACAAAACAUUGUGCGUAAACCAACAGACAACUAGUAAAGAUGUGGUUCGCAUGCUCCUCUCCAAGUUCAAGAUGAAGCACAGAGAUCCCAAUCUGUUUUAUCUUACUAUGGAAGUGUGGAUGCGUAAGACAGGCAUUCCCAUUCGAUCUGUUGUGGUUUUGGAGGAUGAUGCUCACCCAGCUGAACUACAAGCUUGCCAUCCGAGAGGAGAAUCGAAAUUUUCCAUGAAAAUGAGACGCGGUGGUCUAGUUAAAGUAUUUGGAGGAAGCUGUUUGAUGGCUGGUUCCUUGUAUAAAAGUCUUCUUGUGUCGGAUAGAACAUGUACAACAGAACUAAUUCAAUUAGUUCUACACUGUUACAAUUCCACCGAGCACCACGAAAAAUUCUCAAUUUAUGAAAUCAGCUGUACCAAAGAUUAUGAGAGGAGACUACAUCCAACUGAACUACCUCUUCAAAUUCAACAAGAAUGGCCUAGUAACGAGCAUUUUGCUUUUCAGCUAAGAAGGAAUGUGGAAGGUAUUCAGAGACGGCUUCCUUGGUUACAAAACCCUGAACCAUCUGGUAAAGCUAAUCUGCAGUGGCUUUAUGGAAGAAACAGUCUGAGUCUUCAUUCAUUAUCAGAAAGUGAUGAUGCUUUCAAUACAUAUGAGAAUUGCUUCUACAUAUGAAAUCACUAGUCUUUUAAAAAGUAUUAAGAAAUAUGGCCCUUAGGCAGCUAGAAAUUUCUGCUGCCCUUUAAAGCUCUCAUAUAUUUUAUAUAUACAAGGAUUUUGAUUGAGGUUGUCAGAAAGUUAUAUUUUUUUAACGAAGUAUAUUUUUUUAAGGCAAAACAAAACAGUUUUUUAAAAAUGGUUUGUAACAAUGAAAGUAUGAGCUUCAGGUGACAGAGCUGUGAAACAACAUAUGACAAUAAUAUUCUCUGUUUCAUUUGCCCAUGAUUCAGUCACUAAAAGUGUAACAAUGCCAUUGUAAUAUAAAUUUAUUACUCUAUAUAAUUACCGAAUGAACUAAGUUUUGAAAGUAAAUUGCAGAAUAAGGAGUUUUCAGCUAUUCAAUUUUCUAUGAACAAAUAACUAAGAAGCUUUUAAACUGCAGUACACUUCUUAAAUAUUGAAAUGCGUUUUAUUUUCACAUAAAUAUUAUUAAGAUAAGUGGCAAAGUAAACCUAUGAAAUUCUCUGUUUUAUAAUAUUUGUUUUAUAUCUAUGGCAAGAAUAUUAAAAAUGGUUCUUGAAUUUCUAUAUGAUAUUUUAAUCUGAAAGCUGCUUCUAGUGCGCAGCUAUUAUAUAUCUGUUAAUCUCAAUUCUAUGUCAAUUUUUAACACUGAAAAGCAGUGGUAUUACUGAGAUAAUUUAUACCCAAAUGAAUCAUUACCCUGGCAAGGGACUUCACCUAUUCUAAUCUUCGUAUUUCUUUCAAAAAAGGUAUAAAUUCCACAUGUUCAUAUUCUGUAUUGGAAAUGCUACAAGAAAGGGCAGCUUUUUUCUUUAAUUUUAUAUGCUUAAUGAUAUAUGAUGAGACCUUAAGCGAAGGAAAUUUUAAUUUUAAAUUAGUAAUGAUAAAUGGUCCCUGUAAAAAUCUGAAACUGUCUCUGAUGAAGAGACAAAUUUUAAAUGUGUAACAGUAAAGUUACUAUUUAUGCAACAGCAUAUAUGCAUUCUAAAUUAUUUUGCAUACAAAAAAGAAAACUAGUUAGGAUUUUUUUAGUAUUAGUAUACAGCAUAUUUUACUGAAACUUCUUUCAGUGUGAUAAAAAGCCAAAGCAUAUUUUGUUAUUGUGAGCUCAAAACCAUUUACAUUAAAAUAAACGUAUUAUAUAUUUUUAUAAUCAGAAAAAACAUUCAUAUAAAUUUGUGAUAUAUUCGAAAGUCCUUCUUUGUCCCAGGCAACGUUAGUGUUACAGAUAUCUUGUUUCUGAAUGAAACUAAUUUUCCUGCAGUAUUUUUUAAAUAUAAUUAAUGAUCAAUCCUCACAGAGAUAUGUACAUUUAACUUAGUUCAAAUAUGUAGUCAUGUCGUCUGAAAUGUAUACGAAAUUUUUUUUAAGUGCAAUGGUAUGCAUUAUUUUUUUUAUUUUGUUAAAAAUAAUGAACCAUAAUUAUUUUUGUGUAAAUACAAUUCUAUUUAUGUCUUUGCUUGAUUGACAUUUUACUAUAUAUAUUUUUUUACUUUUAAUUUGCUCCUUGUGAAGCAUUUGAAAUUCUUUAUUAUUAUUAUUUUUUUUUGUAUUCUUUAUAUGCGAUAUUAAACCAAAGGUUUGUAAGUAGAUUUCACAAAUUUCUUCUUAGAAGAAGUUUAUGUAAAAGAUAGUCAUGCAUAAAGACUGGUAUUCUUAAUUUAUGCUCAUUCUAAGCAUAUUUUGUUUGCUCUUCACCCGAGUCACUGGUGUCCAUUGACUCUAAUAUUGAUCUCUUUAGUGGUUUGAAUUGCUUAUACAGCACAAUAAUUUGUUGCAUUCUCAUGUAUAUUAUUGCACUCAGAGAUUUUAUUUUAUUAAAAAAUAAUCAUAUGUUUUUGUAAUUUUUUUAUAUUUUUUCUGUGAUUAUUUAUAUGUUUGAAAAGGUUAUAUAUCUUUUUUCAAAAAUUGAUAUAUAUAGUCAGUCAUCAUUAAUUAUAGUCGACUGUAAAUUUACUUUUUGUACUUUCUUAAAAAGAACUUGUCAAACUCUCGAUGAUUGUUUUAUAUCAAUCUUAUCCACAAAAAAUCAGUAAAAUAUCAGAUUACAAAAAAUAAAAUUGGGAAAAUAUUAGUUCCUAAGAUGAUGUAGUACGUUUAGAAAAACUUAAAUGUAUCAAAUUAUUGCCAAUGUGUGUUAAAGUAUCCGACUAGAUUGAAAAAAGGCUUUGAACCAAAAAUAAAUCGAAUUUUAUUUUAUGAUCUAAAAAUAAAACCCCAACUGUUUAGAUUCUAAAACAAUCUUUUAAAAAAAAUCUAAGUAAGAUAAAAAUAAUAAUAAUGCGCUAGACAUGAAAACAAAACUAGAAAUAAUAUUUUAAAUCAGAAAUGCGUAAUUUUUCCUAUUUUUACUGUAGAAUUAUCAACAUAAUAUUUAGAAUGUUUAUAUUAUCUCUUUCUACAUGCACAGGUACAUUUUGCAUUAUUCAGCCAAUACAACUAAAAAAAUAUCGCAAAGAGCAUUUUUUUUGUGUGUCAAUAAAAUUUAAUGAAAUUUGGUAUGUCUGUGCAGCUCAGACAGAUCUGUAAAAGAAUUCAGAUGCAGAAACUUUUUGAUGGGACCUAAAAUGUUUUUUUUAAACCCUUCAAAUAAGCCUUAAAUGUAUUUGAUGAAAAAUUCAUUUAAAUGUGCGAUUUGUUGUUUACUAAUACAUUUAUCAUACUGAUCGCAGAUAAUUUUUAAUAAAUUUCAAUUAAUUGAAGAAAACAUUCUGAGUAAAGAAUAAUUUAAAUACUGUUUACACAUUUGGAUAAAGUUCAUUAUUAUUUAUGAAUAAUGAGCUUUGGAUAAUGCUCAUUAUUAUUUGUGAAUUGCAAAAUAUCUUUAUAUUUAAAUCUUUUUGAUGUACUUUCAGUCCUCUUAAAAAAUCCACUUCAUAGAAUUAGAUCUUCUUUUAUACCUUCCUUAUAAAGUCCUAUAAAAUGCUUUGAUGGGCUUUCCAGUGCAUGUUUCUGUACUGUUUUUAUACCGGUGAUUAGUUUAAAACUGGAAAUAAUAAUUGUUUUAUUUUUUACAUUUUUAUGCAUCUCUACUAUUGCAAUAAUUAUCAAAAGGUAAAAAAAAUAACAUUUAAAUUCCUAUAUUGGAUUUUAUAGAACUGCAUCCUUUUCCAUUUCGGAAUACAAGCUUUUCCUUCUUUAAAUUCUUUUUUUCCGAGAAGUCUUCUGAAUUUUUUUUUAAAUUCAGGCAAUUAUUUUUGCGAUAUCUGAAAAUAUGUAUCUGAAAUAUCUGAAUUGCGAUAUCUGAAAAUAUGUAUCUUAAAUAUCUGAAUUGCGAUAUCUGAAAUUCUGACCAAAAUUUUAUAUUUCCCAUUUAAUAGUAUUUACUAAACUAAAAGCUGAGUCAAAAACAUUUAUUUUAUAGCUUUUUUAAAAAAAAAAAAAAAAAAAAGUUCUGUACGCUGCUCAAUUACAACAUUACCUAUUGAUUAUUUCAUAGAAGACGCAACUAUUUGUAAAACAUUGGGAAUUCAAACCUUCUUCAGGUACUUAUUGCUUUCAAUUUAGAUCGAUUAGAUUAUUUUUUUAAAUUUACGGAUUGGACAGAGAUGAAAUUUCUUUAUUUUUCUAUCACUAUUGUCUUUUCCGAUGUGUAUGGCUAGUCAUGGUUUCUUCAAUUUAGAAGCAUAUAUAUGAAAUAAAUAUGUGUUACUUUUUUUAAUUGCACUGUUUUUCUUAAUAUAGAAAUUUUGCUAAAAUUUUCCUGACAAAGCAUUUUUUUUUU